AUGGCAGGCGACGCGAGACUGCUGCUUCGAACCGCAGCCAACGAGCGCGUCAGAGCGGCUGCAUCAGGCAUCUCGGACCCAUUUGCCUCGUACUCAUCAAGCGGAAACCUACGAUGCUCGGCAUGCGACUACCUCACCAUCAAGCCCGAGAGUCUAUGGGGAGCCCAUGUGCUUAGCAAAAGCCAUCGCGCCAACGCUGCCAGAAUCAAGCAAGAAGACCAGCUGCGUCAAGCAGAGCAGCAACGCACCAAGGAUGGCAAACGCAAGGCAGAGGAUGCAGAUGGAGAUGCACAAGCCGAUUCGCUUGCCACGAGCACAGAUGCAGAUCUCGACCAGCAACACUCGGCACUGGCAAGUAAGAAAGCGCGGACAGACGUAAGCGAUGCAGCGCCAGCAGUUGACGCUGAGUGGGAGCUCUUCAAGUCGCAAAUGGAGUCAACAGAAAUUGAGCCAGAUCCGUCCACGAUACCCUCAUCUGCGGGCGCUGCAUUGGAAGCGGAAGCGCAGCUCAUAACGAACGACAACGCAAAGGACGGGUCGGACGGGAUUGAAGACAAGAGCCCAGAAGAGCUGGCAGCGGAAGAGAGAGCACGCAAAGAACAAGAAGAGCGGGAAGAGAUCUUCUCGCGCGUGGAGGAAGAGCAGCGCCUACAAGAUGAGGCCGACCAGCGUGUCACAGCUCUCAAGGAGCGUUUGCAGCGCAUCAAACAGGUUCGUUUAGAUCGUCAAAAGGCCAACAAGAAGGCGUAG